AUGCCUUCCAACUGCAGUGCUGCCACCUUCAACCCCGAAACCGACAUUCCUCCACUGGAUGGCAAAGUGAUAUUUGUUACGGGAGGCACCCAUGGCCUGGGCAAACAGUCUGUUCUCGAGUUUGCUCGACACAAUCCCCGCGAGAUCUGGCUCGCAGCCCGUAACGUGGUCCAAGCCAGAAUUGUCGCCAACGAGAUCAUACAAACUGUUCCCGGGGCGACUAUUCACGUCCUCGAAUUAGAUCUCACCUCAUUUUCAUCAGUCGAGAAGGCAGCGAAGACAUUCCUGUCGGCCUGUGACCGUCUGGACAUCCUCAUGCUCAACGCCGGCAUCAUGGCCGUGCCACCAGGAACUACCAACGAAGGCUACGAGAUCCAGUUUGGCACCAACCACAUGGGCCAUGCGCUUCUGAGCAAGCUGUUGUUACCGAUCCUCGACAAGACAAUCAACACCGCCCCCGGCGCAGACGUCCGCAUCGUCUCAGUUUCGUCGAAGGGGCACCGUUAUCUUCCGCGGGGAGGCUUCCGCUUCGACUCGCUCACCACCACAGGGGAUGACUUGGGCGCCUACGGACGGUACUAUCAAAGCAAGCUGGCGAAUGUGCUGUGGGUGAAACAGAUGGCGGAACUGUACCCGCAAUUUCGGGUUGCGGCUGUACACCCGGGCGUUGUACAGACCCAGCUGAUGGAUGGAGCGACAGCCUCUCCCACCGUGGUACAGGUGUUUGCGAAGGUCGCAUACAGGCUGUUUAAACCAGUGCAGAAGGGGGUGUGGAACCAACUUUGGGCCUCUGUUGCACGGGACGUCCGUAGUGGAGAAUACUAUGAACCCGUCGGCGUGAGAGGCCGGGCCAGUGAUGACGGCAAGGAUAGGAAGCUGGCGCAGGAACUGUGGGAAUGGACGGAGCAUGAACUCAACAGGUACCUUGCUAUGUCUGUUAAGUGA